AUGGCCCCAAACCCCGAUCUGAAUGGCUUCGAACCAGAGGGCAAGAACCGCACUCAGUUGGACACCUACGUAUCUGUAUUACGGCUUGCGAAGCUUAUUGUGCUACUUAAGAGCCACAGCGUGUACGUGGACGAGACGAAUGAGCACCUAGUCGCACAGAACGUAUACGACGCCGCGUAG